GAGAUCUCCAGUCAGAAAGAGACUGCCUGCGAGGGAGAUUCCUGGCUGCUGCUUUGUAGACCAAGGAAACCCAGGACCCUCCGGGAAGACUAAGCAGCGUGGCCUCCGACCCACAGACCUGAGAGCUGCACCACUGCCCUCGCUCUCUGACGCCAGCACCGCCUGCAGCCGGCCAGGCUCAGCCCAAGGACAGGGGAGAGGCUAAGGCCCCGCGACAUGGCGCGCACCAAGCAGACCGCCCGCAAAGCCACCGCCUGGCAGGCCCCCAGGAAGCCCCUGGCCACCAAAGCCGCUGGAAAAAGGGCGCCGCCUACAGGAGGGAUCAAGAAGCCUCACCGCUACAAGCCUGGCACCCUGGCGCUGCGGGAAAUCAGAAAGUACCAGAAGUCCACGCAGCUGCUCCUGCGCAAGCUGCCCUUCCAGCGCCUGGUGCGCGAGAUCGCCCAGGCCAUCAGCCCGGACCUGCGCUUCCAGAGUGCGGCCAUUGGCGCCCUGCAGGAGGCCAGCGAGGCCUACCUGGUGCAGCUCUUUGAAGACACCAACCUGUGUGCCAUCCAUGCCAGGCGCGUCACAAUUAUGCCCCGAGACAUGCAGCUGGCCCGCCGCCUCCGCAGAGAGGGUCCUUAAGAGCCCGAAGGUAGCUAAGCAUAGGAUUGGGAGUGGAAACAGGCAGAAAUCAGGUCUUGGUGGUGUUUCUGUGUGCUUUUGUUUGUUAAUGUCUAAUCUACCUUGAGGGUCAUAAGGCACUAGUGUCAGGUGGGAAUGUUUCAGUGAGCGAGUUUCAGCACUUCAGCUCUACAUCAAUUUUCAAGAAACCUGUUCAUUUUCACUGGACUAUGCCUGUGUUUAGACUACUUCAAACCAAAUAAAUCUCUUCCUGAUGGCAA